AUGGCGUUGGACGCCAAGGAGAUUGAAUUGAAAGCGAAGGCACUUACGAAAGCGGCGACCCAGAAUGAGUCCCCUAAUACCAUCGUUUCUCUACUGAAGGACCUGCAGAAGGGCGUCACUCCGACGGAAGACCUGCUUCGAUCAACCCGUAUAGGUAUCAUUGUCAACAAAUUCAAGCAGCACAAAUCGGCGGAUGUCGCACGGCUAUCAAGUGAAAUCGUCUCCAAGUGGAGGAACGAAGUUAAUAAGCAAAAGGCAGUUGGCGGGUCACCAGCGGGCAACCGGCGACCGAGCGGAUCCCCGCGGCCGGCUCAGAAUGGAACGUCACCCGCUGCUGCUACGCCGUUAGAAAAGAAGUCCGAAUUGACCGUUCCCCCGGAUAAGCGGACGUGGAAGGCGGAUGGGGUCGAUACAAAUCAGACUUCCAACAAGGUGCGAGAUAGCUGCAUCGGAUUAAUGUACGACGGGCUAUGCCUUGGUUCAACGGAGGCACCCCGUGUGGUCCUUUCAAAAGCCGUGGCCGUUGAGGCGGCGGCUUACAAUGCGUUUGGGCCAGAAACGAAGGAGCAAUAUCGCACCAAGAUUCGCAGCUUAUACCAGAACCUCAAGAACAAGUCCAAUCCGAUGCUGCGCGUGCGUGUUCUUUCCAAUGAGGUGACACCAGAUCAGUUUGUGCGGAUGACCCACGAUGAGCUCAAGUCAGCAGAGCAGCGGGAAAAAGAGCGAAAGAUCCAAAAGGAAAACAUGGACAAGGCCAUGGUGGCACAGGCAGAGCGCAGUAUCAGCACGAGUCUGCAGUGCGGCAAGUGUGGGCAACGGAAGGUCACGUAUACGGAAGCUCAGACACGGAGUGCGGACGAACCGAUGACCUUGUUCUGUACGUGUAUGAACUGCGGGAAGUCGUGGAAGCAGUAG